AUGGCAUCAUUUCUCUUCGAUAUUGCAGAAAGGGUUCUGCAGAAACUAGAACUACUCGCUGUAGAUGAACUUCACUUGGCGUUUAAUGUCAAAUGUGAUUUGAGAAAGCUGAAGAAGACCAUGAGCAGCAUUAAAGCUGUGCUUUUGGAUGCUGAGCGGCAGCAGCAGCAGAAUGAAAAGUUACGCCUCUGUAUGUGGGAGCUCAGAGACAUCUUUUGUGAUGCCGAAGAUGUGCUUGAUGAAUUCGAGUGUGAAGCUAUACGGAAACAGGUUGUGAAUCAUCCAAGCAUCAGCAUAAAGGUACGAUUUUUGGCUUCUUGCUCUUUCCCACUUUCAUUCUCUUUAAAAGUGGGUCAUAAAAUCAGAGAGAUCCAUCAGACGUUAGACAAACUUGCCACUGAGUGGAACAGCUUUAAUGUAGGACAGGGAGGGGAUAAACGACAUGUUAUUCACAGGGAGACUUAUUCUUCUGUGAAUUCUUCUGAUGUCAUUGGUAGAGAUGUGGAUAAAGAGAACAUUAUCAAACUUUUGACAAAUCCAAGUGAGGCUGGAAACCUCCUUGUCAUUCCCAUAGUUGGAAUUGGGGGUCUAGGGAAAACCACACUCGCUCAAUUCGUAUAUGAUGAUGAUCGGGUUACUAGACUUUACCCAUCGAAAAUAUGGGUCUGUGUUUCAGAGGAAUUUAAUCUUACUAGAUUGCUCAAGCUUAUUAUUCACUCCAUAAAUAAAGAAGAAAAAUGUGAUGUUUCAACAGUUCAGGCCUUGCAAACCUGUUUGCGAAGUCUUUUGAAUGAUAAGAAGUUUUUGCUCAUCCUAGAUGACGUGUGGAAUGAAGAUCGUGGGAGAUGGAUUGAGUUAAGAAAUUUAUUGAAGUCAAUGGGUGACUCUUCUCAAAGUAAAAUCAUUGUGACUACUAGGAGUCGGAAGGUUGCCAAAAUAAUGAGUUCAAUACACCCUUACGAAUUGGAUGGUCUCCCUCCUGAACAAUGCUUGACUUUGUUUGCGAAAUGGGCAUUUAAUGAUGGUGAUGAGAGACAGCAUCCAAAUCUCAUGAGAAUCGGAGAAGAAAUUGUAAAAAAAUGCAAAGGGGUUCCUUUGGCAGUGCGAACAUUGGGGAGCCUACUUUUUUCAAAAACUGAUGAAUUCGAUUGGAUCUCUGUUAGAGAUGAUGAAAUAUGGAGACUUGAGCAAAGUGAAAAUGAUAUUUUACCAGUGUUGAAGUUGAGUUACAACCAUUUGCCGUCUCAUUUGCAACGAUGUUUUGCAUUUUUGUCCUUGUACCCAAAGGAUCAAAUCUAUACUAGUUAUGAUGUCAUCCAAUUUUGGAUGGCAAAUGGACUGCUUGAGUAUUCAAAGCAAAAGCAAGAGUGGGAGCAUGUUGGGAGGCGCUAUUUGAAUGAGUUACUGUCGAGGUGCCUCAUCCAGAAGGUUGGGGAUUUCCGCUUCGGUUUUAACUUUAAAAUGCAUGAUUUGAUACAUGAUCUUGCAUUAGAUGUGUCACAAAAAGAGUGUAAAACAGUGAAUUACCAAACAGAAAAUGUUGAGGAAAAAAUUCGACAUUUAUCAUUUUGCGAGGACAAGCCGCUAAAAGUUCCGCAAAUUUUGAAGAAACUAAAAAAUGUUCGAACUGUAAUUGUGCCAGAGACUUCAGAGGGACUAAAUACUAUUGAUAAAUCUUUUAUCAGUUUUUGUGUCUCAAAUUUCAAGUAUCUACGGGAACUUAAUAUAAGUAAUUCAUCGUUGGGGGCCUUACCAAAUUCCAUUGGUAACUUGAAGCACUUACGAUAUCUUAACUUGAAUCAAUGUUAUAAUAUAAGAAAACUUCCUCGUUCUUUCUAUAAGCUACGGAGCUUGCUAACGUUAACAAUGGAGGGUGUUCCUUUGAUGCAGUUGCCUGACAGCAUGCAAAGCUUGAUUGAGCUCAGAUAUCUGGAAAAAACCAUUAGAGCUAAGCAUUUGAAAGAAAUUCGACCAGGAUGUUGGAGUUCUCUUCAAUACUUAACCUUGUCUUCCUGUGAUAAUCUAGAAUGUUUAUCUGAAGGAAUGCAGUUCCUCACAUCACUUCGAGCACUUCGUCUGUUUCGUUGUUAUAAACUUGUCUCAUUGCCACGAAGCCUGAAAUUCCUAACCAAAUUAGAAGGCCUUUACAUACUUGGUUGCCGUGUAAUCAAUUUACAAAUGGAACCAGAAGAGGAAAAAGAUAAAGACCUUCAGUUGAGCCUUAGAACUUUCUCAGUAUGGAGGUCAGGUGCCUUGACAUAUUUGCCACGAUUGCUUCUGGAAGGAUCUUCUACCACUUUGCAGCAUAUAGAAAUUGGCUUGUGCAACAACUUUGAGGUACUACCAGCGUGGCUACAAAAUCUCACUUCACUUCAUAAACUUGAGAUCAGUCAUUGCCUAAACUUGUCAUCUCUUCCGGAGGGAAUGGAUCGCCUUACUGAACUCAGACAACUAGAAAUUAGAGGAUGUCCGGUCUUGAGUGAAAGAUGCCGACGAGAUGGGGGUGCAGAUUGGCACAAAAUUGCACACGUCCAAGAGGUUGAUAUUAUAGAUAAUUAA